AUGAGACUUCACCGUCUCAGACUUCCAAUUAUAACAAUCGCAAUGGCGUUCACUAUGCUACUUCACGGAGGCUUUUCCCAGCACCUCCCGCCGGGCCAGAGACACGUCAAGUAAGACCCGGAAGUGAAAAGAGACGGUCACUCACCCGAAUACUUGCAGGGAGACGUUCCUGGCGGGCUCGGAGUUCGAAGAGAGCUUGAUUGCUCACUUGCUCAACUCAUCGGCCAUGGUCACCCUAAACGACGACAUCUCGACCCUGCUGAGCAGCACCAAUCUGACGUACACGCUCUCCUCGCCCGACAAGCCAUUCGAGUAAGUUCGCAAAAACACGGAAAUCCUGCUAGCCGAGUACUUCUCGCCGUGACUUUUGUUGUGUUGUUUGUUGUACUAUGCUACGUGCUGGUUGUGUCCGCGAAAAGUGUAUGUACUAGGUACGUACUAUUGAAGCCAUAGAUCAGUGUCCCGUUCUCACGCAUGCUUCGACGAUUUUCAGAUUCGUCGACCGACACUAUUUCUGGUCCAAGGAAAAAUUCGUCGAGUUCGCUGAUAGCGACAACACCUCCGUCUUUUCCUAUGUUUGCGUGUACAACGUCUCGAAUGACGAUGGAAUCUUCUCGCAGGUGGAAUUCAGAAAAAAACAUGCCUCUGACUCAUCCGGCUCUGUUUCAGAUCUACUUCCCCGACGGAAAUCCAAUUACCGAAGUGGUCUUCGGAUGCGAGAACAACAAGGAAUGCUGCGGAAUGAAGUGCUGCGGGGACGACGUCCUCAUUAACAUCAUCAUGUACAUCCCACGCACUUCCUUCUCCUCCUCUCACUCCUUUCUUUUUCAGCGUCGGCGCCAUCAGCCUCGCCCUCCUUUUCCUGCUCCUCUGCAACAUUCUCAUCGGAUUCAAGAAACGACGUGGUUUCACCUUUUCAGAUAAGACCUUUUCAGUGUUUUCCGUUUUCAGAGAAGGACCGUCGCGACGCUACAGCCACCUACCAGGCGACGGAGACGACCAGCCCGAACGACCUCGACGCCCAGAUGGUCAGUGCGGAUCAGAUCACCUACGACACGAGACACCCGUCGGCCGCCCGUGGGAUCAACGCCCAUAUGAUCGAGUCGCUUCCGAAUGAGCACGCUUCCAAGAAAAUCUAA